AUAGGGAUGUGACGUCAUUAUUUACGUCAUAACAUAAACAAUGGAGGCACCUUGAUGAUACUGUUCUGUGAGAAGAUGUUUAGACGAUGUGAUGUUUAUCAAUUUAUGUAUAAUUUUACUACUAAUUAAAGGGAGAUGUGAAACUCGAAGUAUAUCGUUCGUGGUCAAACACCAAGAGUUCUUUGCUGUGCAGGACGUGGAAGAGAGAGGCCACAUCCCAUUGUCAGAUUCUCACGAGAGGCAGUUAGAGUUGACGGAUCUCAGUGAGAAUGACGUCAAAAUUCAGGACAAUGUGUCUCCAAGCAGCAAAGAUACUGUUGGCGCUGACAAUGUCCAUGGAAAUUACGCUAAAGAUCAUAGAAUGUUGAAUAAAGAUCAUUUUAAUACAGAAGAUGACGAGUAUAGACACAGGGAUGAUUAUAAUGACGACAUUGACGACGAUGAUGAAGAUGACGAUGAAGUGUAUGGUACAAAAUUAGAUGAUUUUCAUAAUGUUGAAACACUGCCUAGUAUAUACUCCAAAAGUGAUGACGUUAAUCACAAUGAAUUUGAUAUUGAGAGUAUUUCUGGUUUGAAGAAAAUUCUCCGGAGAAAGAGAUCUGCGCAUGAGCAGUGGAAGAAUUCUCUGCCAGGUGCAAACAAGGCAGAAACAACAGAGGACACAAAACCCGACGUCUGGGAGGAAGUUAGUGACGAAGAGCUUCAAAAAGCACAGAGGCAUAAAUACAAGCAGAUCGCCAUCUAUGCCGGUUGGACACUUCUAUCUGUUUUCUUCUUCGUCUUCGUCGGCAUUUGCUUCCUGAGAGAUCCAGUAGCAUGCAUCUUUGCCUUCGGAACAGGUUGCCCUUGCUGCUUGAUUUGCUGUCCAUGUGUUAGGGCGUUCACAGAUAAGUACCUGGAUACAAAGAAAAUUAUGCGUGAACAGAUGAAUAAAUACAUGCCUGGCGUGAUUGUGAACGAUGACGGCACGCUUGAACGAUAUGAACCGACUCCGGAUGAGCUUGAUACACUUGCAGAGCUUAUUGAUGAAUUAUCAGAAUAAUUUCUUAUUUAUUUUUAAAACGGUGCUUUGUAAAUAAAACCGCGAUACUGUUAUCGUUUUAGCGAUACUGGUGGCGAUUGUUCUAUGCUUUGACAUUUUUUCAGAUCACUGGUAUAUCUAUUGCUUUGUUCAUUGUCAUUGUAAAUGUAUAUUUUGUUGAAAAUGUGCUGACGUUUGGAGUUGGAUUGACAUUUGUCUCCUGUAAUGAUUCUGUGUAACUCGUUCUGUAAUAUUGAAACUUAUUGUCUUUUAUACUUAUAAUAAAUUUCAGCAUACA